CGCAGUGUCUCAGAGCGAGUGCUGGCGGGCGCCAUGGCCACUGAUCCGCGCGGGAAGGCCGCGACUCUGGCCCUGAGAAGGCGGCUACUCAGCAAUUCCUGCAGACUCUUUUUUCCUGAGGAUCCUAUUAAGAUUGUCCGGGGCCAAGGGCAAUACAUGUAUGAUGAACAGGGGGCGGAAUACAUCGAUUGCAUCAACAAUGUGGCUCACGUUGGGCACUGCCACCCUCUCGUGGUCCAAGCAGCACAUGAACAGAACCAGGUGCUCAACACCAACAGCCGGUACCUGCACGACAACAUCGUGGAUUACGCACAGAGGCUGUCCGAGACCCUACCGGAGAAGCUCUGUGUAUUUUAUUUCCUGAAUUCUGGGUCAGAAGCCAACGACCUGGCCCUGAGGCUGGCGCGCCAAUACACAGGACACUGGGACGUGGUGGUAUUAGAUCAUGCUUAUCAUGGUCACCUGAGCUCCCUGAUCGACAUCAGCCCCUACAAGUUCCGGGACCUGGAUGGCCAGAAGGAGUGGGUCCACGUGGCACCUCUCCCAGACACCUACCGGGGCCCCUACCGGGAGGACCACCCCAAUCCAGCUGUGGCCUAUGCCAGCGAGGUGAAACGUGUGGUCAGCAGCGCACAGGAGAAGGGCAGGAAGAUUGCAGCGUUCUUUGCUGAGUCUCUGCCCAGUGUGGGAGGGCAGAUCAUUCCUCCUGCUGGCUACUUCCCAGAAGUGGCAGGGCACAUCCGCAGGGCCGGAGGGGUCUUUGUUGCAGACGAGAUUCAAGUGGGCUUUGGCCGAGUAGGCAAGCACUUCUGGGCCUUCCAGCUGCAGGGGGAAGACUUUGUCCCCGACAUUGUCACCAUGGGCAAGUCUAUUGGCAAUGGCCACCCUGUAGCCUGUGUGGCCACAACACAUGCUGUGGCGAGGGCAUUUGAAGCCACCGGCGUCGAGUACUUCAACACGUUUGGGGGCAGCCCAGUGUCCUGCGCUGUUGGGCUGGCCGUCCUGGAUGUCUUGGAAAAGGAGCAGCUGCAGGCUCAUGCUGCCUCUGUGGGCAGCCUCCUGAUGGAGCUCCUUGGACAGCAGAAAGCCAAACAUCCCAUCCUUGGGGACAUCAGGGGCGUUGGGCUCUUCAUUGGUGUGGAUCUGAUCAAAGAUGAGGCCACAAGGAUGCCAGCAACCGAAGAGGCUGACUAUGUGGUGUCCAGGCUGAAAGAAAACUACAUUUUGUUGAGCACCGACGGCCCCGGAAGGAAUGUCCUGAAGUUCAAGCCCCCGAUGUGUUUCAGCUUGGACAACGCACGACACGUGGUAGCAAAGCUGGAUGCCAUCCUGACAGACAUGGAAGAGAAAGUGAGAAGUUGCGAGACACUGAGGCUCCAGCCCUGAGGCAGCUCUGCUGAGGGGUGUCCUCUAGGUUCACACUGUCUUUGCUGGGAGAGAGAAUCCCAUUUCCAAUGGCAAGUCAAGACAGGUGUUCCAAGGUGCUCCAGACUCGAACUGCCCUGGGGACACUGGGGCAGUGUCCCCACUGAGGGUGGUAACCCUCACUGUACUGUUUUCACCCCCCUGAACAGCUGCCCCAAAUAUCUGAGCCACUCCACUUUCUUUAAAGGGGCACAAGUCCUAGGCAGGGCCAAGUCAUUAAAGGAAACUAACCAAAGAUGUGGAGAGUGUGUGCUUAUGCCUGACAGGAUGCAGGUUAGGUGGUCUUGGAGGAUACUGGAGCUCUGGAGCACCUGUCCCCCCCCCC